AUUUUUUUCUCGUUUUUUUCCCCGCCAGGGUGGGCAUUGGCGCCUCGCGCGGCGGAACCGGAACGGCGGCGGUGCGAGUGUCCGAGUCGCGGAAUUCUUGGUCCUGUGGCGUCCCUCCCUUUUCCCCCCACGAAAAAAGAAAAGAAGAUAGAAGAAAGUGAAUAAGGAAGCAGUGGUUUUUUUUUUUCUGCCGGACUUUAAGCGGUGUAAAAAACAAAAAAAAUAGCGGAAGAUGUCGACGAUGGAACGGGAGGCGUCCAUGAAUGGCGCCGGCGGCGCCACGACCAUCAUGAAGCAGCGGGGCCGGAAGGGCGCCCUCAAGAAGAAGAACGUGUACAUGGUCAAGGACCACAAGUUCAUCCCCAGGUUCUUCAAGCAACCCACGUUCUGCAGCCACUGCAAAGACUUUAUGUGGAGGCUGGAUUUGGAGGCAAGAAAUGAAGAAAGCCUGGGGGCAUUUCAGAUGGAAUUGAAGCCUUCCCGUGUUGUUUUGUUCUUCUCCAUGCUCCGGAAAUUAUCGCGAGAUCCUUCCCUGGUCCUCUUUGCGAGGAUCCCCUUCUUUGCACAUUGCAGGGGCUUCGGCAAGCAGGGCUACCAGUGCCAAAUCUGCAGUUAUGUGGUGCACAAGAGGUGCCACGAGUUUGUCACUUUCAUCUGCCCUGGGGCUGACAAAGGAGCCGAUUCAGACGACAGCAGGACCAAGCACAAGUUCAAGGUGCACUCCUACAGCAGCCCCACAUUCUGCGACCACUGUGGCACUCUUCUCUAUGGGGUCUUCCAUCAGGGCAUGAGAUGUGAAGGUGAU